AUGGAUGAAGAGAAUAAAAACAAUCCAAAAAGAUUCAAAGAUCAAAGUGUUGAUAAUAAAAUUGUGAAUAGCAAUACGACAACAAAUUCAGAAAUUGUGUUCACCAAUCAGGUGGUAAAAUGUGUUAAAACUGAUAAUCUUCACGAUAGUGAUUCAAAUGAUAGCAAUGGAAUACAUUCAAUGCGAGUUAUAUUGCCCGCUUUCAUUGAGAAUGAGCAAAAGUAUGCGCAAGUUGAACGCAAACGGAAAAUUCAAAGUAGCCCGGCCAAGGCGAUGCGAAGUUUUAGCCAGGACUCGGCUCAUUUGGAACAUCAACUGAACGCUCAUUUUAUCAAUUCGAAUCUCAUGCACAAAUCAGAUAACAUACGAUCAAACAGUGCGAAUAGUCGAAAUAUGCGUAAAACACGAUCAAUUAUGGAUACAUCGUUAAAUUCGAAUGUAAAACGUUCAACAAAAGAUCAAUUGAGAAACAAUGACGUCAAAUCUGAUAGUGCAUCGGAUAAUGUCACGCAUACCAACGAUAUAUUGAGUAGUCCGAAUUUUCUUCGGAUCCCAUUGAAAUCAAUUGAACAUCGACAAACCAACGAUGACGACAACCAGCUCAACAACGAAAAAAGCGAUAUAUUUGGGCCAACGGUAAAAACUGAAAAUAUACCCGGCACACCGAUGGAGUCAUCGGUCGAUGCUUUGGUUGGCGAUUUGAUAAGCAGUGAAAAUGAUAUGACACCAAAUUCAAGCAUAGUGAACGAUGUGCAAGUGAUAAAUCGAAAUCAAAAUUCGAUUUCAAAUCGUUCAUCAGCUAAAACUACAUUCAUAAAUCACGAUAGAAAGCGAUCCACAUCGAAUAUAGGCAACGAAUCUUCAAAUAACGAAAAUUUCUUUAGUCGAUCUAGUAUUUCGUCAAACGAAGAUGGUUCAAAUAAACAACCGAAUAAACAAGAGGGAUUGGAUCCAGAAUCGCUUAUGUUUCGUGAUGGCAGGCGAAAAAUUGAUAUGGUUCUGUGUUACGAAGAGGAACACGAAGGUGUGAUGACAGAGUUGGAGGCAAAGCGACGCGAAUCAAGAAAAGCCUUUCUCGAUAAUUUAAUUAAGGAUGGUCUGGAAUUGGAAAUUGAAGAUAAAUCACAAGCAUUUGAUGAAAAGACCUACUUUGUGAAAAUUCAUUUGCCAUGGCGAUCGGAAAUUCGAUAUGCGGAGGUAUUGAACUUAAAACUACCGGUGAAACGAUUCAUUACCAUCAGUGUCAAGGCAUGGGAUGAGGAGAAGAAAUCAAAUUUAAAUUUGAGUAUUUGGCGAAAAUUUUUAACUUAUUUUCGUAAAUUGAAUACAUAUCAUGAACUGAUCGCUGACGGUGAAGCAACAUUUUCGAACGCUAAUGCAAAUGGAAAUCCAAACGAACAAUUCAUAGUAAAAGAUCGAUGCACGAGCUACAGCGGUUCCCAACGCAGUUUAAUGGUGAUGCAAGUGUUGCUGAGGACCAAAUAUGAUGAUUCCGAGAAGGUUGGAAUCAGACGGUUGCUUGCUGAUGGCACAUUUUUAGCAUGCUUCCCAUUACACGAAGGCAGAUACGAUAGUCCGCACUCAUCUGGUGCUGUAUACGAUAGAAGGCUAUUGUAUUUAACGUGGGCUCGACCAAAUUGCUGGUAUAAAAAGCAACCAUUGUGUUUAAUACGAAAAUAUUUCGGUGAUAAAAUUGCGUUGUAUUUUUGUUGGCUCGGUUUCUACACGAAUAUGCUGAUCUAUCCGGCAAUAGUUGGUGCAAUUUGCUUUCUAUACGGCAUCAUUUCAAUCGAUUCAAAUGACAAUAUACCGAGCAAAGAAAUAUGUAAUAUCACUGGACCGGGAAACAUAACAUUGUGCCCAUUAUGUGAUAACGCAUGCGAAUAUCAAAGAUUACACGAAUCAUGCUUAUUUUCUAGAAUUACUUAUCUUUUUGACAAUCCUUCAACUGUGUUUUUUGCCAUAUUUAUGUCAUUUUGGGCCACGACCUUUCUGGAGUUGUGGAAACGUAAGCAAGCAAUUAUCAUUUGGGAAUGGGAUCUUCAAAAUAUUGAAGAGGAUGAGGAACAACGACCGGAAUUCGAGGCAACCGCCAAAAACUUCCGUACAAAUCCAGUAACCAAAGAACGCGAACCAUAUAUUCCAACAUGGACAAAAGUCUAUCGUUACUUUGUAACGGCCAGUGUUGUCACUUUAAUGAUUCUUGUGGUAUUGGCUGCUGUACUGGGAACAAUCAUUUAUCGCAUUUCGGUUGUAUCAGCUGUUUAUAGUGGUUCGGGCGGUUUCAUGCGAAAGCAUGCCAAAAUAUUUACAACAAUCACUGCUGCAACUAUUAAUUUGAUAAUCAUUAUGUUUUUGACGCGGAUUUACCAUAAAGUGGCUGUGCGAUUGACAAAUAUGGAAAAUCCUCGCACGCAUACUGAAUAUGAGGACUCGUUUACAUUUAAGAUUUUCUUUUUUGAAUUCAUGAAUUACUACAGUUCGUUGAUUUAUAUAGCAUUUUUUAAGGGACGCUUUUAUGAGCAUCCCGGUGAUCAUGUAGUUCGACGAAGUGAAUUUUAUCGUUUAAAAGGUGAUAUCUGUGAUCCGGCUGGUUGCCUAAGUGAACUUUGCAUUCAAUUAGCUAUUAUAAUGGUGGGAAAACAAAUAUGGGGCAACUGCAUGGAAUACGUUUUCCCAAAAAUGUAUAAUUGGUGGCGUCAACGCAAACAUAAACGACAGACCAAAGACGAACAACAUUUGCACAUGACUUGGGAAGAAGACUACCACAUGCAAGAUCCGGGACGAUUGGCACUAUUUGACGAGUAUUUGGAAAUGAUAUUACAAUACGGAUUUGUAACACUAUUUGUGGCUGCAUUUCCGUUGGCUCCAUUUUUCGCUUUACUGAACAACAUUGCCGAGAUUCGUGUAGAUGCAUUCAAAAUGGUGGCACAGGCUAGACGACCAUUGGCUGAACGUGCCGAGGAUAUUGGGGCAUGGUUUGGUGUCUUACGAAUGCUCACAUAUGCAGCGGUCGUUUCAAAUGCCUUUGUGAUAGCAUACACUAGUGAUUAUAUACCGAGAAUGGUUUAUAAAUACGUUUAUUCACCCGAUUCGUCAUUAUGGGGAUACAUAGAUCAUUCACUCAGUGAAUUCAAUACGUCACAUUACAGAGAAGAGUGGAAACCAAUUGCAAGCGACAAACAUGAAAUCUGCCAAUAUCGAGGCUACCGGAAUCCACCAAAUAUGACCUUACCGAUUGAAGAAAACUAUAGAUAUAGUCCACAUUACUGGCACGUUUUUGCUGCUCGUCUUGCAUUUGUUGUUGUAUUUGAGCAUAUUGUAUUCAUUAUAACGGGGCUGAUGCAAUUUAUAAUUCCCGACAUUCCAGUCGAAGUAAAAACGCAAAUGUCACGUGAAGCUUUACUGGAAAAAGAGGCCAAAUAUGCAAGUGGUUUGAAAAAAUCCCAAGAAGUUGACUACAACGACGUGCUACAAUCAAUGCAAAAUUUACAAAACCAUUCGUCGACGCGACAUGGCUUGUUGCGUGGCAGCUGGGCGAGACGCUUAAGUCGUGUUAGCGAUGGUUUGGAUGCUCAUGUUGAAAUCUCCACAAAACCAAAACGAAUGGUUAACUCGGUUUUGUGGGAGGUUACGUAGUAACGCUGGUUGACAGUACAUGUUAAAUGAGUGUGUACAUGAGAGAGAGGGAGAGAGAGAGAAAGGGAGAUUGAGAAUUUAAAAACAACACUCGCAUUCUAAUUACAUAUCGUAUUUAUUUUAUUGUGUCAAAUAUAAACAAAAGGACAAACAAACUGUAUUAUAUCA